CAUCCAUUCACGCCCACCUUACGCAGAGGCAAAUAUCAUUCAAUCUUGACUUGCUUCAUCCAUCUCCCUCGUCUUGACGAUCAUCGUCUCUCCUCCUUCGUAGACGAUGUGCUACUCACAUCCACUCUACCCGCCCUCUGACAACCAGCACGCAGCAUCCGAAGCCAUCCGUAGAAGGGACAGCUCUACCCGCUCCGUACCUCCGCCCACCACUUCCCUCCGUCCACCGGGCUAUCAGCAGAGCACCCAUCCUGGCAGCGAGACAUCCUCGUCUUCUUCGACGACUCGACAGCACUCCGAAGCAAGGCGACUACGAAUCGACGUACCCGCAUACGUAGCAGUAGGACUCAUGGGCGGUACUGCUUAUCUCAUCGUGCGUGCUCGCCACAGGACUGCUGCUCGGCUGGCCACACUGCAGUCAGCUAGGGACAAGGCGGUAGGUCAAACGCUGGGGUGGAAGCAUGCCUACCUCGCUCGAGAGAGACUUCCUGCUGCUACUGGAAGUGGCUUUCAUGGUCGACGUCAGAACUUUGAGCCACGUCGGUCUCAUCGGGAUUGGCAUACGCAGCCUAGAAAUCCGCCUGGAGGGUUCAUCGAUCCUCGCACAGCUGAGGCGGCCAGGCGGGAAGAAAGGCAGGCACUCGACGGGCCACCUCUCUUUGAAAAUCUUGCCGACACCGCCCGUAGAUUCUGGGGUCUUGCGACAGGGAGGAGUCUCGAGCCAUCCGAAUCUACCGGUGAGCGUCACGACAAGUCGAAAUCGGAAGUGCAGAGUGGCACUGCGAAAGGAUGGCAGUGGUCCUGGGGCACCGGGACAUGCCAGCCGCAGGCGUCGCGCCAGGCUUCAACUCCUGCUGAACGAUGGCGACGAGCGUUUGGAGCUGGGGCGACUAAUUCUCAGACUGAUCACUCCGGCUGGGAAGCCAUCGUUAGGCAAAAGACGCUAGAGAAGGCAAUGGAAGCUGCUCGGUCUUCGACACCUACUUCUGCACCUUUGAGCUCGUUGAACGAAGCUAAGGACGCUGGUGAUGUGCAGCCCACCAGGAAAAAGAUGGACACAUCAAAGCAGGCAUCGCAGAGGAAGAUUCUAGUGGAUGAUGCAUUCCACGAUGAGCUGGACAGUAACUUCCUGCGGCGACACAUCGACAAGACCAAAGCCUCUACCAUUUCUCCCUCAGUCCCAUCCGCCGUGCCUCGGCAAGAGAGCAAGAGCAAAAGGGAUCCCGAAAGCGGUACCGGCAAAGGUCAACACUUCUCAAUGGACAAUCUCUUUCUAGAGUAUCAGCUGGAGGACGCGGCCAUAGAAGGGCGCGAAGCUCGUGAGAGGAUGCAGAAGAAGCUCGAGGCGAGCAAGAGGAGCAGCAUCGGAGGCACUGCAUCCAAGGAGGCGGGCGCAGUCGAGCAUGGGGAGGAGGACCUCCGCGAAGCUCGACUUGCCGAUCCCACCUUGUACGGAAAUGACCAAGACGCAAUCGUCGACGAGCUUGCCUCUGAGCUCUUCAAUUCCUCUCCUUCAGCCCUCCAUAGCACAAGGGAGCCGCUUCAGUCUCGAUCUCCGCCUCAGGCAGCAGCCGUAGCAGAAGAAGAAGAGGGCGCACCUGCGGCGCCUACGACGAGUCUCUGGGAAGCGGCACUAGAGUAUGCAGAAGAGGAAGGAGCUGCGGUGCGUCGCAGGCGGGAGAUGGAGCAUCGCCACCGUCAAGAGCGUCUGGAGCGGACCAACUCGGGCAUGGGUGCGAGCAUGAGUAGUGAUGCAACCCCGAGGAGGAUGGUGCUAGAGCCAGAGGAUCUGGAUGAGGCACUUGUACUGCAUGAACUUGCACAGGGGCAGGGUCAGGGGAAAGGGCAGGGGAGUGAGCACGAGGACGUGUCGACAGGCGAGAGGUCGCACGUCGAGGGAGCAAAUCCCUCUUUCCUUGUCCCUGAAGAGCAGCUCAGCUCCUCCUCUUCGACCUCCUCGCCCUCGCCCUCGCCUUCGCCUUCUAGCAGUAGGCUCGCGGCGCUGGAAGCUCGAGUGGACCUGGCUAAUGCUGAGCUCCGCUUGGUGCGCUCCCAGAUGGCUCGGCUGCAGAGGAGGCUUGCUUCUGCUUUGGAGGAGCGGAGUGAGUGAGGUGUGGGAGGUAAGUCAAGGCGUGAGGUGUCAGACUUGAGGUGGGUGGUAUGGUAGUGGGAUUGCAGAUGGUUGCAGAGAUGGGCGUGGAGAGGGACGAUGUAUUCUACACUUGUUGUUGUUGUCUGUCUUCUCUAUCACAUGAGACUGUAUGAAGACCUCAUUGGCAUUCGCAAUUCACCUCUCGUUCACACAUA